AUGUCAGCAUGGCUCAGAUGUUUACUAUAUCAGACAGCGAAUCAGAGCCCUCAGAGGAUGUAGGAGAAACAGAAACUGACCAAUCGGCAGCCGGAAAGGGGAUGACUGGCGGCCCACUAGGCCACGCCCUCACCGUGCCUGAGAUGAGAAUGGCAGGUAUGAUGCCCCCAGAGAACUCUGGGAAAUAGCCACUAUCGGUCUUACCAGGGUCGUGUUCAUUAGGCACCAAGCGGAAGAAAACGCACUGAAACAUGGACGGACUAGCUGGAUUUUUCCAAUAAGAAACGCUCCUUUUUGUUUUCUGUUGCAAAAUAUUUUCCGCUGCGUUCCCUAAUGAAUACCACCCUGAUAGUCAGCCACCUUUUAGCCUGUCAUAAUGAACCCCAAUAACAUCUACUUUCUUGUUGCUAUGGCUGUCAUAAUGAACCCCAGUACUGUUUUAGGAGUCCAAUGCGAUAGACUAGCGUCCUGUCCAGGGGGUGUACUGUACAUCAAGCAGCCUCACUACAGAAACAGGAGAUAGACUAGUGUCCUGUCCAGGGGGUGUACUGUACAUCAAGCUGUCUCACUACAGAAACAGGAGAUAGACUAGCGUCCUGUCCAGGGGGUGUACUGUACAUCAAGCUGUCUCACUACAGAAACAGGAGAUAGACUAGCGUCCUGUCCAGGGGGUGUACUGUACAUCAAGCAGCCUCACUACAGAAACAGGAGAUAGACUAGUGUCCUGUCCAGGGGGUGUACUGUACAUCAAGCUGCCUCACUACAGAAACAGGAGAUAGACUAGUGUCCUGUCCAGGGGGUGUACUGUACAUCAAGCUGUCUCACUACAGAAACAGGAGAUAGACUAGCGUCCUGUCCAGGGGGUGUACUGGUACAUCAAGCUGUCUCACUACAGAAACAGGAGAUAGACGAGUGUCCUGUCCAGGGGGUGUACUGGUACAUCAAGCUGCCUCACUACAGAAACAGGAGAUAGACUAGUGUCCUGUCCAGGGGGUGUACUUGUACAUCAAGCUGUCUCACUACAGAAACAGGAGAUAGACUAGUGUCCUGUCCAGGGGGUGUACUUGUACAUCAAGCUGUCUCACUACAGAAACAGGAGAUAGACUAGUGUCCUGUCCAGGGGGUGUACUGGUACAUCAAGCUGUCUCACUACAGAAACAGGAGAUAGACUAGUGUCCUGUCCAGGGGGUGUACUUGUACAUCAAGCUGUCUCACUACAGAAACAGGAGAUAGACUAGUGUCCUGUCCAGGGGGUGUACUGGUACAUCAAGCUGCCUCACUACAGAAACAGGAGAUAGACUAGUGUCCUGUCCAGGGGGUGUACUGUACAUCAAGCUGCCUCACUACAGAAACAGGAGAUAGACUAGUGUCCUGUCCAGGGGGUGUACUGGUACAUCAAGCUGCCUCACUACAGAAACAGGAGAUAGACUAGUGUCCUGUCCAGGGGGUGUACUGUACAUCAAGCUGCCUCACUACAGAAACAGGAGAUAGACUAGUGUCCUGUCCAGGGGGUGUACUGGUACAUCAAGCUGUCUCACUACAGAAACAGGAGAUAGACUAGUGUCCUGUCCAGGGGGUGUACUUGUACAUCAAGCUGCCUCACUACAGAAACAGGAGAUAGACUAGCGUCCUGUCCAGGGGGUGUACUGGUACAUCAAGCUGUCUCACUACAGAAACAGGAGAUAGACUAGUGUCCUGUCCAGGGGGUGUACUUGUACAUCAAGCUGUCUCACUACAGAAACAGGAGAUAGACUAGUGUCCUGUCCAGGGGGUGUACUGGUACAUCAAGCUGCCUCACUACAGAAACAGGAGAUAGACUAGCGUCCUGUCCAGGGGGUGUCCUGUACAUCAAGCUGCCUCACUACAGAAACAGGAGAUAGACUAGUGUCCUGUCCAGGGGGUGUACUUGUACAUCAAGCUGCCUCACUACAGAAACAGGAGAUAGACUAGUGUCCUGUCCAGGGGGUGUACUUGUACAUCAAGCUGCCUCACUACAGAAACAGGAGAUAGACUAGUGUCCUGUCCAGGGGGUGUACUUGUACAUCAAGCUGCCUCACUACAGAAACAGGAGAUAGACUAGUGUCCUGUCCAGGGGGUGUACUUGUACAUCAAGCUGCCUCACUACAGAAACAGGAGAUAGACUAGUGUCCUGUCCAGGGGGUGUACUUGUACAUCAAGCUGCCUCACUACAGAAACAGGAGAUAGGCUCCUGCCCUCUGGGCCGUUCUGGCUCGGACAGACAAGGCCUACAUACUUCUCACCCCACUCUCCCUCUUCUCUCUCUCCUAUAGGAGAGGGUCGAUUGAGGAUGAACUCAGAGUCCCAGGCCCAGGAGCUCCAGGGUAGUGGGCCAGGGGUGGACGGCGUGCCCACAGACGGAGCAUCUUUCCGGGUUCGCUCCCAGUCGGCCCCCCCUGCCCUCUGGGCGGCCAAGAAAUAUGGACGGCAGCUCCGACGCAUGAGUGACGAGUUUGAUACAUGGCUGGAUAAAGGGGUGAGACAUGGGGCUGUGGGAGGGGUGAGACAUGGGGCUGUGGGAGGGAGGAGGAGGGGUGAGACAUGGGGCUGUGGGAGGGGGGAGGAGGGGUGAGACAUGGGGCUGUGGGAGGGGUGAGACAUGGGGCUGUGGGAGGGGGGAGGAGGGGUGAGACAUGGGGCUGGUGGGGAGAGAGGAGGGGGGAGGAGGGGGGAGACAUGGGGCUGUGGGAGAGAGGAGGGGGAAGGAGGGGUGAGACAUGGGGCUGUGGGAGAGAGGAGGGGUGAGACAUGGGGCUGUGGGAGGGAGGAGGAGGGGUGAGACAUGGGGCUGUGGGAGGGAGGAGGGGUGGACAUGGGGCUGUGGGAGAGGAGGGGAGGAGGGUGAGACAUGGGGCUGUGGGGAGAGAGGAGGGGGGAAGGAGGGUGAGACAUGGGGCUGUGGGGAGAGAGGGAGGGGGUGAGACAUGGGGCUGUGGGAGAGAGGAGGGGUGAGGACAUGGGGCUGUGGGAGAGAGGAGGGGGGAGGAGUGGUGAGCGAGAACAUGGGGCUGUGGGGAGAGAGGAAGGGGUGAGACAUGGGGCUGUGGGGGAGAGGGGAGGGGGAAGGACAUGGCGGCCUGUGGGAGGGGGGAGGAGGGGUGUGGGUGGGACAUGAGGCUGUGGGAGAGAGGAGGGGGGAGGAGGGGUGUGAUGACAUGGGGCUUGUGGGAGAGAGGGAGGGGUGAGACAUGGGGGCUGUGGGAGGAGAGGAGGGGUGAGACAUGCGGGCUGUGGGAGAGAUGGAGGGGGGGGAGGAGGGGUGAGGACAUGGGGCUGUGGGAGAGAGGAGGGGUGGAACCAUGGGGGCUGUGGGAGAGAGGAGGGGGGAGGCGGGGUGGACCUUUACAUUUUUUACAUUUUAGUCAAGUUAAGCAGACGCUCUUAUCCAGAGCGACUUACAGUUAGUGAGUGCAUACUAUUUAUUUUUUUAUAUUUUUCAUAAUUCCCCGUGGGAAUCGAACCCACAACCAUGGCGUUGCAAAACGCCAUGCUCUACCCAACUGAGCUACAUCCCUGCGGCCAUUCCCUCCCCGUGAGACAUGGGGCUGUGGGAGAGAGGAGGGGGAAGGAGGGGUGAGACAUGGGGCUGUGGGAGAGAGGAGGGGUGAGACAUGGGGCUGUGGGAGAGAGGAGGGGGGAGAUAUGGGGCUGUGGGAGAGAGGAGGGGGAAGGAGGGGUGAGACAUGGGGCUGUGGGAGGGAGGAGGGGUGAGACAUGGGGCUGUGGGAGAGAGGAGGGGGAAGGAGGGGUGAGAGGACGAGUUGUGGGAGGGUAGAGGGGAGAUGAGAUGCUUCAAUCUUGUAUCAAAAACACUUAACCUGUUUUCCUUCCUUUCUUUCUCUCCCUCUAUCGCAUGACCCCUGACCUCUAUAGGAGAUGAGGCGGGUGAAGAGUGCGGGAGCAGCCAAACAGAUGACAAAGUCCCCCAGCUGGUGGGCCUACCUGUUCAGCCACCAAGAGACAGAGACUGAACACACCUCUACCAUCCCACCACGAUCAUCUGAGUAGAGAGGAGGGAGGGAGACAGACAGAGAGAGAGGGGGGUGGAGGGAGAGGAAGGAGAGAGGGG